AUAGCAGCCUCGUUAUUGGCGAGAUUAGAGGCUCCCCUAGCUCCCUGGCGACGAUUCUCUACACUUGUGGCGACUGCCAAGGGUUGGUGUGGUGCGUGACGUAAGUACAAUUCAACCAAGCCCGUGCCGUCUUUGCCGACUGUUCGUGGGCUUUAUUUAUCGAGAAAAAAAAGGGGAAGAUUGGCAUUAUGGAAACGGUAGAAUUAUCUGAAACUGGAAAACAGAUCUAGGUAAUAAUAAUAGAAGAUAUUGUCAGAUUAUUAUAUUUUCUUGUAUAGAAUCAGAUUCCAUAAUAUGAAUAAAUUACAAGAAAACCACUUACAGGAUUGUAAAGUGAGUAGUUAUUCUACUGUUUUGCUUUAACUAUUCGUAGUCGCCGUCUGGUUACGAUGCCGAAUAUUUAUAGGUUAGUGGGCGCUUCCGUAGUCGCGUUGUCGUUAAUAAUCUUCUUCUUCAUACAGACGGUCGACGUCGACGUCAUGUACCAAUGGCAUCUCCUCGCCCAUGGCAAGGGAAAGCCAUCGCCUAAUACCGUUAUAGCGGGCGGAACGCCUUUGCGCAUCAUGUUCCUAGGCGCUUCGGUCACGCGCGGCGAAGAAUCGGUGGGCAAUAGAGGGUAUCGGAAGCAUCUUCGCGAUGAGCUCACGUCACGGGGUAAUCCGGUCAACUGCGUCGGCUUCAACCGGUUCGGCAACUUUCCCGACAACGACGUUGAAGGCUAUAGUGCAAAUCGGAUCAGGCAGGUCCGCAAACACGCAGAGCAGUCGGUGCCAUACUUGCAGCCGAACCUCGUGCUUAUACAGGUCGGCACCAGCGAUUGUUUCCAAAACGACGACACCGCCAACAUCAUGUCGCGAAUGCGCGAUCUGGUCGAGUAUCUGCUAGAAGCCUCGCCGCGGGCUACGGUCAUCAUGUCGACCAUCGUAACGACCCCAAGGAUGGAGUUCGAGCCGUGUAUGAAGAGCGCCAACGCCCAGAUCCGGCAGGCAGCUACCGAUCUGAUCCGGGAGGGGAGGCCGGUGGCGCUGGCGGAAAUGCAUUACGACCAGGAACUCCCCCGCCGGCCCAGGCCCGAAGACAUCGGCCACGACAAGAUUCACCCUACCAGCUCGGGGUACUUCAUGAUGGCGGAUAUAUUCAUGGAGAAGAUCCGCGAGGUCGAAGAGAAGGGUUUCUUAAAGUACCCUGUGGACAACGGCAUCCCUGCCGACGGCGAGGCUAGCAGGGAGGUGGAGGAUAAGUUGAAGGAAAAAGCGGAAAAGGAACAUCCUCUGAAGAGCUAGACUUGAGGACGGCGGGUCCCUAUGGGAUGAAGAUAACGGUGUUAUUUCUGGUCAUUUGCGAUUUAAUUCGGUUGGGCAUGGAGCAAGGGUAUUUCUGGGAUUUCUCCGGGUCUGGGAACAAAGAUGGAUGAUUAUCAUCCAUUGCGGCUGUUUGUACCAUAAGAGUACAUAGGAAAAAGAUACCCUAGAUGCUGUCGUUUCACAUAGAAUU